AUGCUCUCAGUACCUUGGCUGCUCAAGUCCGCAGAGGAAGUGACGCUGACGGUGGCCACGACGAGCCAGCUGCCUUCGUCCGUAGUCGUGGCGCAGACCUACUCGUGGGUCACGCCCGACGGCCGCCCCACCAGCCCGCCGCCCGAGUACAACCCCCGCCUCCACCACCACCAGGUCUCCAGGGUGGAGGUGGAGGUGGUGGGCUCGGAGUCCCUGGGCCUCAUGAUCCGCGGCGGCGUGGAGUACGGCCUCGGCAUCUUCAUCACUGGAGUGGAUGAGGAGUCAGCCGCCCACAAGGCCGGCUUGCAGGUAGGUGACCAAAUCCUGGAGGUGAACAAGGAGAGCUUCCUGGCGGUGACCCACGACACGGCCGUCAACGUGCUCAAGUACUCGCGGCGGCUCCGGCUGGCGCUGCGGAGGGUCGGAAAGGUUCCGCAUUCCUGCACCACCUACGACCGGCGCUGCUGGCCCUCGCAGACCAAAACGCCCACUCCAUGUGCCUGCGGGCGGGCGCUCUUCAUGCGGAUCGGUGUUGGGCAUCUUGGGCCUAGAAUCAUGGUCCUUGUGACUGCGGCCUUGGAGCCAGUGCAUUCUGGUGCGAAAUGGAGUAAUAAUUCUUAUUUGAGUCAAGUAUACUGCAUUGAACAUUUAGUGUGUAACACGUCUGAGCAUUGCAGAUUCAAUGUAACUAAAUCUACAAGUUAUGUAACGUUAAGUAAAGGUGUUACAAUCUUCAAAAUUAGGCGAUACGUAUACCAUGUUUGGCAGGGCAUUUCAACAAUACCAAUAUAUCAGCGAACAAAGGACAUUUACACUCAACAUAGGACAAAUCAUUGCUUUGAUCCUCGUGACGACCAGUGCAAUAUUGAUUAA